CAAGAAUGGAUUAUCGCCGAAAACCACAAUCCUAUCAUCGUUAGAGAACUGGGAUUCUGAUAACGAAUAAAUAACACACCAGAAAGAAGUCGCCAAAAAAGACAUACUCUAAGGCCAUUCAUCCCUUAAAUUUACAUACAAGGGCAAUGUCUUAAAAAAACUUAGAUCAUAUGUCUUCAGAUAGGUAAUGCUUAGACAUAUGGGUAGUUCAGAGUCUUCAAGAGCAACUAUGAUUGAAGACAAUAAGAGUUGUUGCUGCUUCGAUUGCAGUAAGCCUAAUAAGAAAAUGAAAAAUCUCUAAAAAAAAUUCGGUUUAUUUCGAACAUAAAUGUCAGUAGUAAGAUCACAGAGAUUGCACUUAAGAUUUUAAAAUGCAGUCUAUUGCAUUCUCUAUUUGAUUUAUAAGAGAAGAAAACAAAAAUUGUUAGACAAAUAGAAAAAGAUGUUCAGAUAUAAAACAAAAGUAUUCUUAGAUGGAUCUCCCCUUUUAACUCCACAAUAAUAAUAACAUUAACUAAAUUUUCAUGAUGAGAAACAUCAAAUGAAUAUGCAUUCUCAAUCUAUAUAAGCCAAAAUUAUUGAUUAAAGACACAAAUAAAGAUAAUCAGUAAGAAUAUAUUUGCAAUAAAAAUUACAUGAUAAAGGUAUUCUUAAUAAUUAUCAAAUUAGAUUCGUAAAUAACAUUGCCAAAGAUCUAGAAGAUUAAUUAGAGUUCAUAUACUAAUAUUCAACCCUUAAGAUUCUCAAAAGGAGAUGAGUAGAAGUCCCCAAGAUGUUCAACAUAUUUAAAAAUAUCUCAUUAAACAGAAAAUAGUCCUUGUGCCAUCUAACAUUCUCCUUAUUUAAAUCAUUUAACUUCCAGAAAUCCUAUUGAUACAAUUAUUUAAUCAUCUUUCAGCAAAACACCAAGAACAAUAACUAAAAACUUUUCAACUGAAUUACUUACUUAAAAACAAUAAUUUCAUUAAAGAAAGAAUACAGCUGCUACAUUAAAAGGAUUAGUUUGA